AUGGAACGUCGUCGAGUUGUUACUUCAUCUGUAGAACAAUUCAAAUGUUUGGGUAUUGAAAGUCUAGUUACUGGAGGUGCUGGAAAGUGUUUGCUUGACAAUGAAUGUCCGGAGCCCUGUAAAUGUAACGGGACUGUAGUUGAUUGUAGCAAUCUCAACUUGUUAUCACCCCCCACAUCAAUUCCCAACUUUACAACUUCCCUCAUACUAUCAAACAACAAAAUCACAAAACUAGAACCUUUUGCCUUUGGAAUGGGGACUAAUAAAUUAACUAAUCUACAUACUCUCAAUCUGAGUAACAAUAAUCUUAAUUUUAUGGCACACAAUUCUCUUGCCGGUAUUGAAAAUCUUAGAGUUCUAGAUCUGCGCAACAAUUUGUUAAAUAGGCUGAAUGUUUUAGAGGCUCUACCAGCUGAUAAUGGAACUGAUAAAAUGGAAGAUUUGGAACAUGAGAGAAAUAGCUCUCUUGAGAUACUUCAUUUGGAUGGCAAUGAAUUUAAUUGUGUUUCACUUGAAUAUUUGCCUAAUACCCUUAGAAGAUUGACUAUUACACAGAAUCCGAGCUUACAUUCAAUAAUAUUGAAUAAAGAUAUAAUAAAUAAAUUACCUUUAAAUAUCGAAAUUGAUUCAAGGGGGCAAUUGCUUUGCGAUUGUAAUUUGCAAAGUUUAUUAAAAGAAGGCGGAAUAAGUUGGAGGCAAGAACCGAAGUGUGGAGGGCCAGGAAAUUUAAAAGGAAUGUCUUUAGAGCAGUUUAGAAAUGUUAAGUGUUCUGAUCAAAGAGAAUCAACGUGUUCUGAGGAAGGAAUACUUUGCCCGGCUGGCUGUAAAUGUACUUCUUUAAUAAAUAAUUAUUUUGAACAACAACCUAAAAAUCUGAAUAAUCACAGAUUUAGGCAUAGAAAAAGAAGGCUUUUAUUUAGACAUAGAAGAGAAGAAGAAGAUAAUUUUAGAGGAAAACAAAAUUCAGUUAUAGUAAACUGUUCAAAUGCUUCUUUAGUGAAUAUUCCGUGGCCUUUACCUAAAAAUACGGAGGAAUUAUUACUUGAUAAUAAUAAAAUUAAAAUUAUUAAAGGAGAGAAUUUUAAUGGACUUGAACAUCUUAAGAAAUUGUAA